CGCGAAUCGUCGGGUGAGAAACCUCGACAAUCGUUGGCAGCGUCGUCGAGUGGCGUUGCGUGAGUCUCCCGCGCGCGUCUCUCCCCCCUCCGUUUGCAACGCAAACAUUCUUAGACGAGCAAAGGCGACACGGGGGACAAAGUUCAGCACGCCAUGGCUGCACCGUGCGUGAUCCGGCGCCUGGAUGAGGCCGUCGUAAAUCGGAUUGCGGCCGGGGAGGUGAUCCAGCGUCCAGCCAAUGCCAUCAAGGAGAUGAUGGAGAACUGUUUGGAUGCUAAGGCCACGAGCAUACAGGUGACAGUGAAGAAUGGAGGACUGAAGCUUAUUCAGAUCCAGGACAAUGGCACGGGUAUUCGCAAGGAGGACAUGGAGAUCGUGUGUGAGCGUUUCACAACCAGCAAGCUGGAGAAAUUUGAGGACCUGUCUUCCAUCGCCACCUUCGGGUUUCGUGGAGAGGCUCUAGCCAGCAUCAGUCAUGUGGCGCACGUGACGAUAACUACCAAGACAGCGGACAGCAUGUGUGCCUACAGGGCAAUGUACUGCGAUGGCAAACUGAAGGCGCCUCCCAAACCUUGCGCGGGAAACCAGGGAACGCAGAUUACGGCUGAGGACUUGUUCUAUAAUGUGGCGACCCGACGCAAAGCCCUCAAGAGUGCCAGUGAGGAGCACGGCAAGAUCACGGAGGUCGUAAGCCGGUAUUCAAUACACUACUCCGGAGUAAGUUUUACACUGAAGAAGCAAGGGGAGAGCACAGCCGACGUGCGCACACUUCCUGGAGCCACUACGGUGGACAACAUUCGAGCCGUGUAUGGAGCAUCCGUUGCUCGGGAGCUCAUUGAGGUGGACUAUGAAGAUAAAAAGCUGGUGUUCAAAAUGCGAGGCUACAUCUCCAAUGCCAACUACUCCAUGAAGAAGUGCGUCUUCCUGCUCUUCAUCAAUCACCGGCUUGUGGACUCGACGGCGCUGCGGAAGGCAAUCGAGACGGUGUACGCGGCGUACCUCCCCAAAAACUCGCACCCCUUCCUCUACAUCAGCCUGGAGCUGGCUCCACAGAACGUGGAUGUGAACGUUCACCCCACCAAGCACGAGGUGCAUUUCCUGCACGAGGACAGCGUCACGGAGGCCGUGCAGCAGCAUGUGGAGAGCAAGCUUCUCGGCUCCAACUCCUCGCGCACCUACUUCUCACAGGCGCUGUUGCCCAAUGCUCCACCGGUGGGGCUAGAGUCCACCCAGGAAGGUGGCAGCACCAGGCCGGGACCCUCUGCAGCCUCGGACCGUGUGUACGCCCACCAGCUGGUGCGCAAGGAUGCGCGCGACCAGAAGAUCAACAUCUUCCUGCAGCCCCAAGCACGAACACAGAACACACUCCCCAAGCCUCAGCAAGAGGAGAUGGAAGAGACGGACGCACGGAGUGAACUCGCCAUUAUGGAGAUGCUGGAACGUGAUGGGGAUGUUACCAGCUCUCCUCUCUGUAAGAGGCCGCGCACGGACGCAGAUGGGGCGAGGGGCUGCGAGGCGGAGGCCUUUGAAGGUGACUCAAGAGUGGAGGAGGCGGCGGCGGCGGCGGCGGUGGAAGAGGGGAUGGAGGAGGAGCAGGAGCCACUGAUGGCAGCCGCCCUCUCCAAGCGCCGUGUCUUCAGCUUCGUCAGCCUCCUUGCUUUGCAGAGUGAAAUCGCCUCCAGCAAGCACGACGGCCUGCAUGAGGUGAUCAAGAACCACACGUUUGUGGGCUGUGUUGACCCGACUUGGGCUCUCCUUCAGCACCAAACCAGGCUCUACCUUGUCAACACCACGAAGCUCAGCCAAGAGCUAUUUUACCAGAUCCUCAUACAAGACUUUGGAAACUUUGGAGUUCUUCGUCUCUCUACUCCGGCGCCCCUGUACCAGAUUAUCAUGAUGGCGCUCGAGGAUCCGGACAGCGGCUGGACGGAGGAGGACGGUCCUCGGGAGGAGCUUGCAGAGCACGCAGCUGCCUUCCUGAACCAGCGCGCGGAAAUGCUGCAGGACUAUUUCUCCCUCGAGAUCGAUCAGGAUGGUAACCUAACUGGACUCCCUCUGCUGCUUGACAAUUACAUCCCAGCUUUGGAGGGGCUUCCUCUCUUCAUGCUGCGCCUCACCACAGAGGUGAACUGGGAGGAUGAGAAGGAGUGCUUUGAAUCUUUCUGCCGGGAGUGCAGCCUAUUCUACUCGGUGCGCAAAGAGUUUACCCUGGACACGACGGACGAAACCGAGCCCAGCCAAGAGGCAAGCAGCACAGGCUUUCCGCAUUGGAAGUGGACAGUGGAACACUCGGUCUUCAAGGCCCUGCGCUCUGUCCUGCUGCCGCCUGGGCAGUUUGCGGAGGAUGGAACUCUGCUGCAGAUCGCCAACCUCACCGACCUCUACAGGGUGUUUGAGAGAUGCUAGACUCCCUCCUGGGUUUCAUCAAACCAACCAAGUUCUGGUCUGUUGUGUAAAGUCACAUAGGUAAAAAAUUAAAAUAAAUUAAAUCACGACGUUUCGGCCACAACGCAAGCAGCCGUCCUCAGAAAAGACAGCGUCCUAAUGAACACUGCUAAGCUUGGCAGCGUAUUUUAAGGUGGGUGGGAGGAGGGGAGAGCGCCUUGACAAAGGAGUUUGCAUGUUAACGUCGUGAUUUAAUUUAUUUUAAUCUUUUUACCUACGUGACUUUACCGAAAAAAACAAAGAGUAUGAAUCCUUGCAGUCACGAAAACUUCAAAUCUAGAAUUAAGUUGUGGUCUAUAUAUGAAAAGUCACACGAAAGAUCAAGUGUUAGUAAUAUUGUAUUAGUUGUGGUGCAGUGCAUGGCUGCAGCCCAGAAAAUUGCCAGUGGGAGUUAGUGCAUCCAUACAGAUAAUAAUCCAUAAUUUGUGAGAUGCCCAAUCUACUAGACAACUACAGCAGUACCUUCUUGAAAAGCUCAUGAAGAUAAAAGUUAGACUUUCCUGGAUAUCUAUGUAUAAAAGCAUUCCAUGAUCACGGUAUAUUCAAACCGUUGAUGCAAUCGUGGCGUUAUCCUGUGAAGCGUUUCUCGAACUCCCUUCUGUCCCAAAAACGUUACAUCCUUUUAAGCCUGGGACUUUUUUUUGUUGCACUAAGUUCCAUUUUCACUUUGUCAAAAUAAAAAUUGAAGGGUGUACAAAAUCAUGCAGAUAUAAUUACUAUUUCAUGUAAUGUUUUCUGCUCAAGGACCAUUUCCAGAAACAUUCAAUUAGCAUAGCACGAUUUCACAUAGAUUAUAUGGCGAUAUUUUUGAAUGAUUGUCACAUUUUAGUUCUGCGGUUUUCUUGUUUUUUUUGUGUGGUCGUUUGAUGUGUUUUCUACAAAAAAGUUGAACGCAUCAAUAUUUUUAGGUAGGAAAUGCGGUAUUUAACAUUUAUCAUCGUUCAUAGGUUUGUACAUUGUGUCAGGAACCAUACCAACGUGAUGGUCAGAUGCAUAUUUUGUAAUGAUCAUUCUAUUUGCUCGAGAGAGUCUGAAAGUUAUGCCCUUGUCGGAGGUAUUUAACGAUGCUCCUCCUUGGCAAUUCGAUAAUGGCCACAAUUCCAGGUGGCGAUUUGAUUCAAGUUUUUUUUAUAGUAGUACAGCAAUAGGUGCCUGUGGUCUACAGAUUUGGACCACUCACCUGACCCAUUUGUGCAGAGCCUUUGAGUGUUAUCCCCUCCUAUCAAAGUGGUCCGGCUACUGCCCACAUGCCACACAUCUCAAUGCAGGACCCUCAGCGUUGAAACUAAGGCUUUUAUUAUUAUUAUACAGUAAAACACCGGCUCGCCAGAUUUCCAAUUUAGCGUCACCAGGUAGGCUAAUUAAAUAGUUGUACAUAUAUAAUGCAAAAAAUUGUAAAUAAAAUAAUGUACAUCCUUUAAGCUUUGGAACAUGUUACGUACAACAAUGAAAGUACACUAGAACAAGUUAUAUUGUGUAUAUAUAACAUGGAAAAAGUGGUCAGUGUACUUACAGAAAUUCGUUAGUGCU